AUGAGAGCUAGGCGGAGUACUGUGGCGAAAAAUGAACAGACGUGGUCUCUCUUGCGUGGGGCCAUACAACUCCACUCACGCUCCAAGCCUCAUGGUUCACGGUUCACGCGUGAUGAGAGAAGUGGGACUGCCCACUUUUUUCGAUUGUUGAAGUUCAAGUUUCUAGUUACCGUUUUGGUCAGUUCAAUAUGGAAUUCACGUGUGCCUGACUACAAGAACAAAGAUCAAAGAGCACAAGUUUGGGAAGACUUGGAAAAGAUUCUGACUGCACAACACAAAAUUCAUUACAACUUGUCAUUUCCAUGUCUUUUAAUCGAUCUCAUUUACAAUGACAUUUCGGAAUACGUGUUUGUGUUGCCAGUGAACACUUACUUCCCGUACGGCCAUUGCUUCAGCAGUAGGUCGUCCUCCAUGGGAACUACCCACAAGGUGAUAUGGGAAUCCCUCAUUCACUGUCACUGCAACGCCCUGCAGAGGACAAGGACAAAGAAGAAAUCGGGCAGUGGAGCAGACAACUCCAAACCCUGGAAGUUCCUGAAGCAAAUGGAAUUUCUCAUUCCUAUCAAGGACAUUAGAAAUUCAAAGGGACACCUGCCCGAGGCGAGUGACGAAGAAAGUGAAACGGACGCCGACAUUUUACAAGCUGCUAUGGAAGAGGCUGACAUUGUGAGUGAGGGUGAUGGAGUCGAUGUUCCCGAGCAAGCAGUUGAUAUGGUGGAGAAAAGAAAAGGAAGUGAGCAAGGAGGAAGAAAACAGAAGAAGAAGAAGGUUGAGGACAACGAAGAUCCCAUUCUGUCCUUGAUGAGAAAAAAACUGGAGAGGAAACCUGAAUCUCCGAGGAUUGGUUUUUUCAACUCCAUCAUGCCGCGGGUAGAAACUCUUGAGGAGGAUCUAUUCCAGGAGUUCCAGCUCCAAACACUACAGCUAUUGAAAAACCUUCAUGCUCAACAAACUCAACAGGGACAUUUCUCUGGGCAAUCUGGACAGUCUUCUCUGUCAUCCCAUGAUUCCUUUACCCCAAUUCCAUCACCCCUCAGCAGUUCCAUGUCAUCACCAUCACCAUCACAAUCCUAUUACCCUCCCACUGCACUCUAUCGUAGUCAAAAAACUCCACAACGUCAUAUGUCUGGGCAAUCAAGACAGUCUCCCAUGCCACCCUGGUAGAGCUCCUCCUGGUCAUCAGAAUUUUCUCAGGUUGACAUGGGAUCCCAAGGUUCAGCGGACUACUCCCAGCUUGGCCGGAGCACUCCUGGACCCAUCAAUUACGAUAUUCAGUGAAAUACACUCUGAAUGUCCCUAGG